AUUAAUUCGUUUACUUUUUUGAGAUAAUAACAAAAAUUUCUUAGGUAAGUAGUUUCCACGAUCUAUGGUAGUGAGUCUGAAUAUCCAAUCACACACUCUCCUUCUAAAAUCCAAAGAUUUUGCAGAACGAGGUGAAACGGUGCGUUUUGGAUUAGGGUGUGAAAAAAUGAAUGGAAGUGGAAGUGGAAGGUUUAGUAACAUGGAGAUGGAAUUUAUAAGAAGACAUCACCGGCACCAGCCUGGAAACAAUCAGUGUGCUUCUGCUCUUGUUAAGCAUAUAAGAGCACCGGUUCCUCAGGUAUGGUCUUUGGUUAGAAGGUUUGAUCAGCCGCAAAAGUAUAAACCAUUUGUGAGCAGAUGUGUUGUAAGGGGAAACCUUGAGAUUGGAAGUUUAAGAGAAGUUGAUGUUAAGUCAGGGCUUCCUGCUACCACAAGUACAGAAAGGUUGGAGCUUCUUGAUGACAAUGAACAUGUUCUAAGCAUCAAGAUUAUCGGCGGUGAUCAUAGGCUUACGAACUACUCGUCGGUGGUGUCCCUCCAUCCGGAAAUUAUUGAUGGAAGGCCGGGGACACUAGUAAUUGAGUCUUUUGUGGUGGAUGUACCUGAUGGAAACACUAAGGAUGAGACAUGCUACUUUGUUGAAGCUGUAAUUAAGUGCAACCUUAAAUCACUUGCCGAUGUCUCGGAAGGGAUUGCCUUGCGAGACCGGACCGAACGAAUUGAUCGGAUUUAGGAUCUUGUAAUAAGUUGUUGCCAAAGACAUUGCUGCCACGGAUGAAGCUUCAGCAGUUUUCCUUACGGAGGCCUAGGAGUCGGACUGGCGAUUGAGAUGCCUCCAUAAGGGUGUUUCAUUCCAUUUGCUCUAUUGAUUAAGUUAUAUAUGUUGGUUUCUCUUUUCUGUAGUAAAAGAAACAGGUAACAAGUGAUGCAUAUCAGGUGGUCCUUGAUAAUGUCGAAGGCUUUUGUUUUUUUGGUUAUGCUCUUUGUUGUAUAUAAACAUGUAGAGUUGUUUUUAAUGGUCAGGGUGAAGUUUUAGUUUGCGGUAGUUGAGGUUAAUUUUUGUAACAGAAUUCUAUAGCUACUUAAAUUUUUUGUGUUUUCUUUGUAA